AUGCGGUCAAGCUAUGCCAUCAUGAGUGUGAUUGAAAAGUACUAUGAUUUAUACACGAAGUACAAGAAACUGCAAAGGCAGCUUGAAUUUUUAGCUGUCCAAGAAGAGUAUAUAAAAGAUGAACAACGUAAUCUAAAAAAAGAAUAUUUACAUGCACAAGAAGAAGUUAAAAGAAUUCAAAGUGUGCCCUUAGUCAUUGGGCAGUUUUUGGAAGCUGUCGAUCAGAAUACUGGCAUAGUUGGUAGCACUACAGGUUCCAACUAUUAUGUCCGCAUCUUGUCAACAAUUGAUCGUGAACUGUUGAAACCAUCUGCCAGUGUUGCUCUCCACAAGCACAGCAAUGCUCUAGUUGAUGUUUUGCCACCGGAAGCUGAUUCAUCCAUUUCAAUGCUUCAGGCUGAUGAAAAGCCAGAUGUACAGUACUCCGACAUUGGAGGAAUGGAUAUGCAGAAGCAAGAGAUUCGAGAGGCAGUAGAGCUGCCACUGACCCACUUUGAGCUAUACAAGCAGAUCGGCAUUGAUCCCCCGCGUGGUGUACUCAUGUAUGGACCGCCAGGUUGUGGCAAGACCAUGUUGGCCAAAGCGGUGGCACACCACACUACAGCUGCUUUUAUCAGAGUCGUUGGUUCCGAGUUUGUCCAAAAGUAUCUGGGUGAGGGCCCCCGAAUGGUACGUGAUGUGUUUCGACUUGCCAAGGAAAACUCUCCUGCUAUCAUCUUCAUAGAUGAAAUAGACGCAAUAGCAACCAAGCGGUUUGAUGCUCAGACUGGUGCUGACAGGGAGGUACAGAGAAUACUCCUGGAACUGCUCAAUCAGAUGGAUGGAUUUGACCAAACCACCAAUGUUAAGGUAAUAAUGGCAACAAAUCGAGCUGACACAUUAGAUCCUGCAUUGCUGCGUCCUGGUCGUUUAGAUCGUAAAAUUGAAUUCCCACUGCCAGAUCGCAGGCAGAAACGGCUGGUCUUCUCCACUAUAACAGGCCGCAUGAAUCUGAGUGAAGAAGUGGACUUGGAGGAUUAUGUCGCUCGGCCAGACAGAAUCUCUGGUGCAGAUAUUAAUGCCAUUUGCCAGGAGGCUGGUAUGCAUGCUGUACGAGAGAAUCGGUACAUUGUUCUGGCCAAGGACUUCGAGAAAGGUUAUAAGAACAAUAUCAAGAAGGACGAAUCUGAACACGAGUUCUACAAAUAAAUAUAUGUUUUUGCUUAUUGAUUAAACUAAUAUUAUUUCUUAAUAAA